AUGAACAUCACAUCAUGGAUGCAGCAAGCAAAAGAGGUCACUAAAAAAAUCUCCGAUAUGAUAUAUAUACCACCGGAGGAUAAUACGGAUUCAGAUGAAAUCUUGGAUGAUGCUGUGUCCGAAGAAGUACAUGUUGAAACGGAAACUGAAAAAAACUCCAGCAGCUUAAAGGAAAUGGAAAAUAAAGGAAAUAUCUCGUCGACGAUGGAACUUGAAAGUACUGAUGAUGAUAAUCGAGGUGCUGGGGGAUUAGAUCGAAACAAGCUUGAAACUAAUGCUGUUGCGGCUGUCGAAACUGCAAGGAAGUAUGCAAAUUCCUUCUUUUCUUUGGCAAAAGAGGCUGCAGCAAAGGCUGCAAUAACCGCUGAAGAAACCGCAAAAAAGCUGCAAAAUGUUGUUACUGAAAAGACAAUAAUUGGCAAUUUGGAUAAAGAGCAAGCGAAAUUCAAAAAUGAAGUAAAUGCAAAUAAAUUAACAGCAUGUAUACUGCCUUGGUCCGAUCUGCCAGAUCAGUGGGUUGCUAAAAAACACAUUUUGUCACUUUCACUGGAUGCUCGAAAUUUUACUCGUGAUCCUCCAUCAGAGACGAAUUUUGACUUUGCACAAAUGCAGUCGGUGGCAGCUGUUUUACUCGAAAAUGAUCCGAAUUUGAGAAAAAUUAGAUUCCAGUUUGUCCCGAAAAAACUGACCGAAGAACGUUUCUGGAGAAAUUACUUUUAUCGUGUUUCACUAGUAAGGCAGGCAGCUCUAGAAGAAAAUUAUUUGCGUGCCACAGAAGUUACCAUUUCUUCAAAAGCCGUCGAGCGGAAGGAAAGUGUGAAAUUGUCUAAUUUCGAGGAUAAAGAAGAAGCACAAGAGGAAAAAGUGAAAAUAAACAAAGGAGAUGAAAUUUCAAAAAUUGGUAUGGAAGAGCAGAAUGAAGCUGAGAAUGAAGACGAGCAAGCGGAGAAUAGAGAGCUAAAUGAAAUCCGUAAAAAUAUUAUCAGUGCUACACGAGAAAAGAUUGGAGAAGACAUGGAACGAGAUUUGAUAAAUUCUUUAAAUGAUUAUGAACUUGUAAGCGGUCAAAUAGAUAAAACAGAUGAACAGUGGGAAGAGGAAAUAACUGAAUUGCUCAAUUUAACAUGA